AGCUGUCAACUGUUUCAAAACAUAACCUCAAAUUCUACAAAUAUUUGUUUACGUUUUAAUCUUAUAAAUAGCUAUGUAUUUCUAAUAAUCGUCAGUCAAGACCUAAAAGAUGCUUAAUUCUAAUUCGCUGCACCGCUGCUUGAGGAUUUGCCUUAGCAAACCUUCAGUAAUCGACGCAAAUCUUUUCUACAAUGGCGCAGUUUUCGUGCGACACAAAACAACGAAAGUUAAGACCGCUAGCUCAGUGUAUAGGACUAUGAAUAUAUUUGAUAGGAAGGCCAAGAUGCUGCAGAGGGAACGGUCGGCCCAAAGAGACGAUUAUCACCACGUAGAGCAUAUUAGAGAAGAAGUAGGAUGGAGGACUGCUGACAGGGUUUUUGAUAUAAAAAGGACAUUCAAAAACGCUGUGGAACUUGGGGCAAGUCGUGCGUAUGUUUCCCGCCAUUUUCUCCCAGAUAGUGUGGAGAAGGUCACGUUGUGCGACACAUCACAGACUCACUUAGACAAAGCAAUCGUUGGUGACGGAGUGCAGUUUGAGAAGAUUGUUAUGGAUGAAGAGAACAUCGAUUUUCCAGACGACAGCAUAGAUUUAUUUGUGUCGUCGCUGGCUUUACACUGGGUGAACGACCUGCCUGGUUGCUUUGAUAAGGUCAUGAAAUGCCUGAAACCUGAUGGGGUGUUCAUGGCCACAGUAUUCGGCGGGGACACUCUAAUGGAACUCCGCCAAGCGUUGCAGUUAGCUGAGACGGAGCGCUUGGGGGGCGUGUUCCCGCACGUGUCUCCGUUCACCAGGAUCCGGGACAUUGGGGGGCUGCUCAAUGCGAGCGGCUUCACCCUCCAAACAGUCGAUGUAGACUCCAUAACCAUAUGGUACCCAUCAGCCUGGCACGUCAUGAACGACAUUCGAACUAUGGGCGAGUCGAACGCGGCGUUUAACCGCCCGCUGCGUUUGUCACGCGACGUGCAAUUCGCCGCCGCUGCGAUUUACGAAGAGAUGUAUGGGAAAGAAAUUCCAGAGCGCAAAACUCGCGGCGUUCCAGCCACGUUCCAAAUAAUCAACUUCCUAGGCUGGAAACCAGACCCGUCGCAGCCUAGGCCGAUGGAGAGAGGCACAGGAGAGAUGUCUCUUAAAGACCUCCAUAGGAUAGACGAAAUCAUCCAGGACACCAAGAAAAUACCACUCUCUGAUGAGGACAUGAAGUAAACUGGUCACACUUGUGACGAAUUUAUACGGAAGAUUAAUCACACAUCUAUGUCAGAUUUCUCCAGAAUAUUGGUUACAUAAACAUGACAAUUUAUGCAGUGAAUUGGUCACGUAGCUAUGACGAGUUUCUUCAGUAAAUUGCUUAAACUCACACCACUGUGACGAAUUUACCUAAUGAAUUUAAACUCAUAUUGUCUUUCUUUAAUGUAAGAGAGAGGUACAGGAAAAAUGUAUCUGAAAGACCUCCAUAGGAUAGACGAAAUCAUCCAGGACACCAAGAAAGUACCACUCACUGAUGAGGAUAUGAAGUAAAUUGGUCACACUUGUGACGAAUUCAUACGGAAGAUUAGUCACACAUCUAUGUCAGAUUUCUACAGAAUAUUGGUCACAUAAACAUGACAGUUUAUGCAGUGAAUUGGUCACGUAGUUAUGACGAGUUUCUUCAGUAAAUUGCUUAAACGCACACCACUGUGGUGAAUUUACCUGAUACAUUUUAACUUCUAUUGUCUUUCUUUAAUGUAAGAGAGAGGAACAGGAAAAUGUCUCUGAAAGACCUCCACAGGAUAGACGAAAUCAUUCAGAUGAAGAUUCUCUCUGAUGAAGACUUGAAGUAAACUGGUCACACUUGUGACGAAUUUCUGUACAUUCGUCACACUGUUAAGACGAAUUUCUCCAGUGUAUCGCUCAUCCCUCCCU